UGCGCAUGCCUGGCAGUUUCCUGGCGUAACGAUCCAGUAUUUCUCUUGGACUUCGGACCCCAAUUUCCACCCUUCCUGCCUCUUACCACGUCCACCAUGAGCUCCCAGAUCCACGACACGCCGACGGCCCCGCUGAUCAAGCUGAACCUGCCCUCGCCAGAGGAGUACUUCAAGCGCAAGGUCGCCCUCAUAUCCGGCAUCACGGGCCAAGAUGGAUCGUACUUGACGGAGCUUUUGUUGUCGAAGGGAUAUGAGGUCCAUGGGAUCAUUCGGCGGUCGUCCAGCUUCAACACUGGUCGUCUGCACCAUUUGUACGAGGAUCAGCAUGAGCGUCCCGGCAAGUUCAAGCUACACUAUGGUGACCUGAGCGACAGUACGAAUUUGGUCUACAUCAUCGCCCAAGUCCAACCUACCGAGGUGUACAACCUGGGCGCCCAGUCUCACGUCAAAGUCUCGUUCGAGAUGGCCGAAUACACAGGAGACGUAGACGGUCUCGGGACCCUGCGUCUCCUAGACGCCAUCCGUACCUGCGGGCUGGAGAAGCACGUCCGCUUCUACCAAGCCUCCACGUCCGAGCUGUACGGCAAGGUCGUCGAGACGCCGCAGAGCGAGACGACCCCGUUCUACCCGCGCAGCCCGUACGGCGUCGCGAAGCUGUACGCGUACUGGAUCGUCGUGAACUACCGCGAGGCGUACGGCAUGUACGCGUGCAACGGGAUCUUGUUCAACCACGAGAGCCCCAGGCGCGGCCGGACGUUCGUGACGAGGAAGAUCUCCCGCGCGGCUGCUGAUAUCCACCUUGGCAAGCAGUCGUGCUUGUACUUGGGUAACAUCGACGCAAAACGUGACUGGGGCCAUGCUCGUGAUUAUGUGGAGGGGAUGUGGAUGAUGUUGCAGCAGUCCGCGCCGGAGGAUUUCGUGCUCGCCACAGGAGAAACCCACCCCGUACGAGAGUUUGUAGAAAAGGCCUUUGGCGUUCUGGGUACCCAGAUCCGCUGGCAAGGGUCCGGGGUAGACGAGGAAGGCAUCGACGUCAAAACGGGUAAAGUGAUCGUCAAAGUCGACCCUCGUUAUUUCCGUCCAGCGGAAGUAGACCUCCUCCUUGGUAAACCUACCAAAGCGGAGCGGCUGCUUGGCUGGAAGCGCAAAGUCAACUUUGAUCAGCUGGUCCGGGAGAUGGUGGAGGCGGACCUCAAGGCCGCGAAGAGCCUUGUGGAGGAUCAAAAUUAAACAUUGCUCGCGCCUCGCCGCGAUGGUGUAGGUCACUAAUGGACAGACCUGCUGGUAUCUUCGAAGGACUUAUAUAGAGGAAACGAUACCAAUGUAAUAUUUUGAAUGCACGAGGACUGUCGAAGGUUUAAGUAUCUACUGUGCUCUCAGUUUACGUAUCUAGGAGAAGAAACAGUUGCUAAGAUUGAGCUCAA